AACUUGCCUUUUUCCUCUCUAUUUCAGAAUUCCAUUGCAAUACAUUAUUGGAGAAUGGGAUUUCUGCGACCUAACUUUAAAGAUGCAGCCCCCAGUUUUUAUCCCAAGACCAGAAACUGAGCAACUUGUUGGCCAUAUUUUGAGCUUCUUGGAUGCAGAAAAAAAAGAAACGAAAGGCAGAUUUUUGGAAAUUGGUUGUGGUUCUGGUAGUCUGAGUUUGGCCUUGCUGCAUAAACUCACUCAGUGGAAUUGCGUGGCUACAGAUAUAUCAAAAGAAUCUCGCUAUCUGACCCACGAAAAUGCCCAUCGAUGCAAACUUGCAGAUCGAAUCCAAAUUAUAGAGCAUGACAUCAACAAAGGCGCAGAGAGAUUGAAGGAGUUCUCUCCCUUCGACUUCCUUGUCAGUAACCCACCUUAUAUCAACGAUAAAGAUAUGAAAACUCUUUUACCAGAAGUGAAAUUUUACGAAGACCAACGAGCUCUACGUGGAGGAAAGGAUGGAUUGGAUCUCAUUAAAGCUGUUUUAAAGACAGCAUGCCAUCUGGUGUCUCCUUCAGGAUCAAUUUGGCUUGAGGUUGACUGUAGCCACAUAUCAGAGCUAUAUAAGUGGGUUGUAUCAGAGACAAAGCUCUGCUUACGGACUGUCAAUAUACUUCCUGACUCCUCUGGAAAAGACCGUUUCUUCCAUUUUAUGAGGACUGAAGAUGAUUCAGGACCAGCUUAAGCAAAACAACAGGUUUAUUUCAAAACUU